AUGAGGAUGAAUUGUUUAGAAAUGGGAAAAGAAAAGUUGUUACAGCGUGGUGACGAUAGCAAUAGACGUGACUUUCAAGGUCCUCCAACUGAAGAUGGUAACCACGGCGAUCUGCUGGAUGUUGAAUUCACUACAUCAAGAGAGUUCUGGAUUAAGGUGAAGAGCGGCCUUCAUCAGUCAAAAGGUUUCCAAGUGGUGGAGAGAUAUUAUUUUCACCGUUAGGUGGUUCGUUGCGGCCAAAAUUAUUUAACGUUAUUCGUUAAGAAUUGGUAUCUCUCCUUUCGUUGCGCCCUCAUAAAUUGAGUUCUGUUGUUUUUACCUAAAUUACUUUCAUCGAUAUACUGUUCCUUUUUUUCACAUAAUUUUCCUUUGUUUUUGUUAUUCGUAUGCGUUCUUUACCGUAGAUUUUAUUCAUUCGGCUUGAUCUUUUGACUGCGCUGGAUCGUUUUCCUGUUUCGUUUUACAUUGUCUUUAACCAGCCAUUUGUUCUUAUUCGUUAAGAAUUAAACUUUAUGUAUUUUUUUCCCUUUAUUUUGUUUUCUCGUUUGUCAGUUUCUUUACAUACCAAGUUACUACAAUAAGUAAUUGUAGUAACUCACUAUCCGUAAUUUUAUUUCAGCAACCGCUUCGAUUGUUCAAUUCGCACCAAUACUUCAGUUUGUUUUGUUUGUUGAAAUAUUUGUUCAAGAAUACUAAAGAGCGUGUUUUGGACAUGUAUGAGUAAUUUUGGCCCUAAAACGGUUUGUUACCUAUAAAUAAUUAACGAAGCAUGAGAGAGUUUAACAGCGCCUCCACGAGAGGCAAGCGAUAGUGUCAUUUCCAGGAAUAUUGCUUGUGUUCAAUGCGUAGAAUGCCACAAUUAUUGCUAAUAAAACGGUGUCGUCGACCUAACUCUCUGCAAUGUUAAUCGGAAGGUUCACGAAAAGCAGAACGAAGGAUUAUCAUGGAGCAGAGCAAUGAAUGAGGUGCGAGUUGAAAGAAUGAUUCAAAACUACAAGAAAUGUGGGGAACUCGAUAGCGAGGAUCCAGCUCUUGUGAUGCUAAAACAGUGGCCAGUAUCAACACAGUACAAAAAUAGACCUGACAAACUUCCAGGCCUUGAAAAGCUGGUAUGUUAUUACUGUGUUAAAUGAUUGCAGUCAGAUGCCAUCAAGAGAGACACAAAAGCCCUAAAAAUAUUUUGCAAUUUGACAGUGUAGCAUCAUCUUAAAUGAAUAUGUAAGAAAGGGUACAUAAGAGACAUACAACAGGAGAUACAUCCUUAGGAGUUAAUAUCAUUAAGGUGCAGCUUAAUAGGCUUGUUGUUCUGUCAUGUUUUUACAGGUAAAUCAACUUUUGGGUGUUCUGUUGGAAAGUGAACUGAAUUCAGGCAAUAGAUAUGAGUCAUUUAGAGAUAAAAGAGACAAAACAGAGAAGACGUUACUACACUAUGCUGCAGAACUUGGGUUUUUACAUGUUACCAAAACACUUGUGAAGAGAUGUCCUCCACUGCUUGUUGGAUUUACUCGAAGUCAACUAAGACCCCACAAAAGAGCCAUGUUACCAGUUGAGCUGGCAUUAACAGGAGAGAGUGAUGGGGUGGCAUCAUAUCUAGUUAGGAUGAUGUGGCAUGAAAGGUAGAUAGGAGUGGAUUGUUUUUAAAAGAAACAAAUCAUUGGCAUUGAUUCUUUCAUCAUUUACUACACAAAUUACUCACAUAAUACAAAUGAUCACAGGCAGUUGAAAAGUUCAGAAUCUUCUUUUUUGGUUACAAGCAAAAUGAUUUUAAUGUAGGCAUAAAAUUUCCAAUUUAACUCUCAGAGUGGUAUUCCCACCUGUUUACAUAAUGAUGAUGGUACCAUUAAUUCAUUUCUUCAUUAUUUUUACACAAAAAUUUUCCUUUCAUAAGUGUCAAGAAAUUAUUUUCUUCAAGAGCUGGUGAGGACACAACAAAUUCUAAGCCAUCUCUCUACAGUUUGAACUCCAUCAUUACCAAUCCUAAAAUGAAGGUGAGACUUUUGUGUGAAUUAAUUGUAUUUCCUAGUGGUAAAUGAUCAAUUGUGGGAAAUAGGGGGAAGUGGUACUGCUCUGUUUGCAGCCCUUAAUUUUCUUCCAUUGUGUCCCUAGAUGUAACAUAAACAUAAUAGUGAUCAUGUCGCAAUCAUGAUACUGCAGUGUUGCAUGAUGCUAUGAUGGGGUUUUGUGGGAACAUUUACUUGGAUCUGUGGUGGCUCAGUAUGAGCUUAAUUGCUUUGUUUACCAUAGUAGUAUUUGUUAAAACAGGAUGAUUUUUGUCAAUAUACAGUGUGGGUUACACAUGAAGAGCUUUGAACCAACUUUUAGAAGGACAGUAACUUAACGUGCUAAUUUAUAGAGCUGCAUUUUUAUUGAAAAACAUUUUCUUCCUUUAAUGACUUUGAGGAUGUUGUUACACAGACACUGAAAAUGUUGGUUCAUUUCACUUGUCUUUACAUACCUCUUAUUUGAAGUUUGAAUCUUGGGUCAAUCUAUGGUUAGGAAAUUCUGUGUCUCAACUUAAAACACAUUCUAGUACUUAAUGUUUAGAAUUAUGCAGGAUGAUCAUUAGUUUAAUUACGUACAACAUACAGAAACUGAGUUAACUGUAAUGCCUUUAUUUUCAUCAGAAGGAAAACACUUAUGACCCCUUAAAUGUUGUAUUUCUUCAUUGUUCUUUGGAUUAAAACCCUUAUGAAAUGCAGGUGUGUGACAUUUUUCUGUGCACAGUUCCAUUCUUGAUAGUUGAUUAUCAAUUACCAAGAACAGAACUUUCUAUGUGUUUAAAAAAUAAUAGAAUAAUUAGUAAUUAUUCAUGUUCUUUGCCUUCUUAACAGAAAACAGUGGUGGCUGUGCUUGACCAGAUGCUAAACCCUCACUGGCCUUACCUUCCAAAACGAAAGGACCAUUAUGUCUCUCAAGAAGAAAAGGAAGGAAUUGAAGGAGUCUGGAAGAGCAUCCCAGACGAUCCAUUGAACUAUCAGUUUUAUUAUGCUAUCUUGGAUAGUGAUGAGGGAGGGCAACCUCCGAAAGUUUUGUUGACAGGACAAGAUCAAGAGUCAGAAAACAAAUAUUUCAACUGGGGAGACAAGUCAUGUUUAAACAUGAUUGCAAAGAGUAAUAAUAAGGUACAUCUUAAGUUAGUGUAUAUGAAGUGUUAGGAUAGAAUGUUGCACUCACAAAAUGAUCAGUUAAUCCCAUGUCGCUUUAAGAAAUGAUAGCUUUGAUGAUGAUGUCUAUGACGAAGUAAACAAAGCUUAUUGAAGGAAAGUGUUCAGAAGUUAAGGCUUAAUUCUGUUUCUGUGUCAGCAAUUACAGUGCUGGCAUCGUAUCUUUGAAUCUUGGUGCUAUCACAAUGAGUUGCUAGCCUGAACUAAGAGUUUUCCUGAACAUGUAUGAAUAUUACUAUAAUAAAUAGUACAAAGAACUACUGAGCAGUACAUAGGAUUAUAACUUUGAUUGUACCACGUACAGUGCAUGAGUAAAUAUAUCUAUUGCCUUGGCUACAGGAAAGUAGAAAUAUCUAUACCAAAGAAACUCUGAACUAUUUGGGAGUAACAUGAGGUUUUUUCACUUUUGCUUUUGGAUGAAUAAUCAGACUUAAAUGAGACUGUUGGUGAAGAAAAUUGUUUACCAGGUAAAGCCAAGUUUGAAUGAUCGAUUUUGUCAAUUGUAAUUGCCCCUAAAAUUCUGCCUGGCUUUGAGUUGCAGGAGGCCUUGCAACAUCCAGUGGUUAGAAUGUUGAUUAAGACAAAAUGGAAAAGUUAUGGGCAUUUUUUCCUCAGGUAAAUAAUUUUUACCUUUCUCAUUAUGUUUGUAAGUUAAGAUCACAUACUCAAAUGCACAGGUGAAGUGCACCAAAACUAAAUAAAUUCUCAUCCCUCUAAUAGAAAAAAGAAUUGCUUUUUACUCAGCCUUCAAGUGGCAUUGUAUGUCAUCUUCCUGCUGUUCUUGUCAUUUUCUCUGCUGUAUGGUUCAACCAAACCAGACCCCACCCAGUACAGCGGUGGAGCAGACUUGUUGUGUGGAUUUUGUGAGAUUGUCACUCUUGUCAUGGUUUUCUUUUACAUGUGUGAAGAAAUGAAUCAAAUGAGAAUGUAAGUGACUUUUAAUGCUGAGAACACAACUAAAAGCAUUGAGAAUUAUUUACAUCAGAUGAAUAAAAAUUGGUUUAUUAGUUCCUCCUUUGGAAAAACCCCUUCUUUUAAUGGAAGAUUUGGUGUUGAAUCAACUAAUAAUUAUCCCCUUAGUGAUAUUUUUCUCUAUUUUUAUCACUUGCCUGCUUGAUAUUGUAUAGACAUAGUAAGGGUAAAUUUUUUCCUAGUUUCUCAUGGGAGUCAAUGGGUUUACCAAAUGUGCCACAUGUACUCAGCAUUUUUAUUACAAAAAUAAAAAUUUUUGUUCAUGAAUAAAGCUCUCCCGAUGGAAAUGAUCCAGUGGAGUUAUUAAUCUUUUUUGCUUCAUCUUUAUAGAGAGAGGUAUUCUUAUUUCUCAGAGUGGAUGACCCUAUUUGACUGGUUAGGCCUGUUGCUGAUACUGUGUAUAAUACCCUUGCGGUUCUCUGGUAGCAAAGCUCAAUGGACAGUGGCAUCUAUAGCAAUCUUGUGUAAUUUCAUGAGGAUUUUUAAGUUCUCAUGUGUGACAAGGUAGGUAAUUAAUUUCAUUAAAAAUAUUUAAGCUUUGACUUGAAAUGCUUUAUUUCGGUUGUAUAUGCAUGAUUAGCGUUCACAGGGCUCUCACUUGACUAACGAUCUACAUCAACCGAUAAGUACAGGAAAAAUAUUUUUAACUCCACAAGUGGGGUGAAAAUAACCGUCUCUCGGAAAGCAAUUUUUAUUUCAAUAUACUAAUUAUACAUGCAUGGACGUUUUAACGUACGAUUUUAAGUCCGCAUUGAAAUACAGCUCAGCUCAUUUAUCUUACUUAGACGUUCAUCUUUUCCAGGACUACAGGACUAUACACAAAAACCUUGGCUAAGAUCAUUCAGCAAGACUUGACAAGAUUCAUGGCAGUUUUUUUUGCGAUUUUCCUUCCCUUCUGUGGGGCUUUAUUUUUAUCUCUCCGUUCAUCCAAUCAAAACCAAGAAUUAAGGUGCAUCUAGUAAUUCUAUUUAUUUCUCAUUUCUUCUUUUUUGAGCUUAAUCUGAGUUAUUCUGUGGGAAGAAAAAUGUAUAAUGCUUUUAGCUUUCCAAUUUUGAAAACGCUCGUCCAGUUUCGGAUAAAUACAAUGCAAUUGCCAUUAAGACCUAUUUAGUCUACUCGACAUGCAUAUAUUCAGAAAUGUUGUUUACGUUGUUUUAAAUCUAUUCUUUAUAAUCAGUGGCUUAGAAGAUGUAUUGUUGAGCGGUGUUCUUGCUCUCUCUGAACAACGAUCCAUUGUGGCAGAUUAUUCAAGUUUCAAGUGAGUGACUGACCCAGUUAUAUGACUAGUAUGGAUCAACAACAUACCUACCCCUCCCCUGACCCAGCAUUAGCCCUGACUUACAUUUCAAUGUUGUUAAGUUAGGGAAGGGGUAGGUGUGUAGUUGCUUAGAUACUGACAUUGUUUCAUUCAAACAGUAUUAUAUGCAAUGCGUUACCCUAUGUUAUAAUAUGGUAAUCCCUAUACUUUUACCGCAAUUGUUGUGAAUCUUUUUUCUAUUGCAGUUGGCUCUCCACUCUGUUGAUGCUAGCGUACAUGGGAACUGUACUUGUGAUUUUACUAAACAUACUCAUAGCACAGAUGAGUACAACUUACAUUCAGGCCAAGAAAGUCGCCCGUAUGGAGUAUGAUGUGGAUCGUAUUUUACAGCUCACUCGUAUGGAGAGAUUUCCUUUUCUGGUACGUAGACAGAGAUUACGGGUUUAAGAUGGAGGCGUUGGCGCGCAUUGUAAUGCGUCCUCGUGUAGGUGAGCAUGUGCUCACACGUUUUCAGUUAGUUUGCGUGCGCAAGACUGAGUAAUUAAAGGCAAAAAAGCAGGAGCAUUAAGUGAGUGACAAGAUAUCAACCCCUGAGUCGGUGAACCCUACGAAAAACAAGUUUCUCAUGUGCUAAAUUUUUACUUGCAAAAGCGAAAAAUUUCAGUGAUGGAUACUCAAUUUUGCUUAUAUUAUUUCAAUUAGCUCAAAACGUAUUAUGUCUGUUCAGUUAAUGUAUGAAUGUUUUUUUUGCGUCUUUUCACUUGUCUUCUUAUCUUUGUUGAAGAAUUUACGCGUGAAGUAUUACAUAGAGGGAGAAUGGAUCAGUGAAAAGAAACUUGCGGAAGGUUUGUAGUAAUUUGAGCUCGCUUAAAUUCACGAUGAGAUGGAUUGAAGGGCUGGAACGAAGACUAUGGAUGAGCAUUUUGUUCGAGAGUCCAUUACAAUAAUAUUUAGCUUGGCAAUAGUUUAACUUCAUUUCCGCGGCCAUGUAGUAAAUUCGAUAUCAUAGAAACUCGACCAGCUAUGAACGCGUAAAAUUCUCAUUUGCACGAUAAGUUAAUGACCAAAUUAUGCAUAUCCUUGUUUGGAUUUAAAGUAGAAAACAGAUGAGGACGGGAAGAGCUGGUUAUUUGGCCACUGAAGGCUAAUAUACUCUCUCUCAGCCUAAUGGUUUACUUACACUAUUAAGAAAACUGAAUAUUUUCCGUGCUCAUAUUUACAUUGCUGUAGAGCUCCUUGAAUUCAGUGAAGAUCGCAAUCCUUGGGAAUCAGUGGAAGAAAAGCUUAACGCGAUAAGGUAUGGAUGA